UUGUUUCGUAUCAAGGGAAGCAACUGCUGUUGGAUAAAAUUACAGUAAAACGCUUUUCUUGGAAUUAACAACUUUGAUCUUUUAUUUAUCUAGUAUAAAAUGGACCUUUUAGAAAAGAGUAUUUAAUCAUGAGCUACAAGAAUAAGAAAAAGCUUGGACCACCUCCUCGAUGGAUUGACUGUCCCCGUAAAGGUCAACUUAUUGAUAAGAAAUUUUUACCAUUUAAGACCCCACUUGACAAAAGUUAUGAAGACCAGAUUCCUGAAUACAGUUGUUUUACAUUGGACCUCUUGUUUAAUUCACUUAAAUCCAUGAAGCUAAAAAUGGGUUUAUUAAUAGAUUUAACAAACACCAACAGAUUUUAUAACAAAGAUGAAGUCGAGGAGAAAUUUGAAUGUAAAUAUGUCAAGCUGCAGUGCAGAGGACAUGGUGAGUCUCCUGAUGUUGAUCAGACCAGUGCAUUUAUUGACAUAUGUAGCAGAUUCAUUUCACAGAAACCAUUAGAAGUUAUAGGUGUUCAUUGUACACAUGGCUUCAACAGAACUGGAUUUCUCAUUAGUUCAUAUCUUGUAGAAAAAAAUGAUUGGAGUGUAGAUGCAGCUGUACAGACAUAUGCCACUCAAAGACCUCCUGGUAUUUAUAAACAAGAUUAUAUUAAAGAAUUGUUCUCACGGUAUGGGGAUGUAGAUGACACGCCCCCUGCUCCACCCCUUCCUGCAUGGUGUAACGAGUCAGAAUCAAAGAAUGUAGAUGAUGAUGGACUUGAAAUAAGCAAAAGCAGCAACUACAGUGGACCUAAACGGUCUAAACGAGAAUUUGUUAAAAAGGAUGCCAAGUUUGUGGAUGGUGUGGAGGGUGUAUCACAGUUAAAGUUACAACCUAGACUGGCUGAGGUUCAAAGAAAAGUUCAAGAGUUAUGUGCCUGGAAAAGGAGGGAGAACAUUGGAGACGGAGGGGAAGAUAGGGAAGGUGCCUGCUACAUUGGUACAGCGGAGAUUGCUAAAAGUGGAAGCAGAAGGGAUAACCCAGACAUUGGGUAUAAGCCUCACAGUGGGGAUGGAGGUAAGGAUAGGGGAAGAGGUGACUGCUACAACUGUGGAAUACCAGGACACAAGGAAAAGGAUUGCCCAGAACCAAGUAGUCAUAGAGGUAGAAGAAACGGCGUAAAAGGAGAGGGUGAAAGCAGGAAGUGUUUUAAAUGUAAGAAAACUGGACAUCUAAAGAGAGAUUGUCCUCAGGUGACCACAGGCGAUGAGCGAAAAAGCUGCUAUAACUGUGGCAAAUCUGGGCAUGUGAAGAGAAAUUGUCCUGAGUUGAGAAGCGUGGAUGAUAGAAAAAAAUGCUAUAGAUGUGGUGAACUUGGACAUGUAAAAAGAAAUUGCCCCAAAGCUAACAAAAAUGAGGAUAAAGAAAGCUGUGAAGAUUUUAGUCAUUUUACUAGUGAUCAUAAGGAAUCAAAAAUAGAAAAUGAAGAUAUCACAACCGGCAACACCUGCAGUGUAGAUCUUAAAGGAGAUUGUCUGAAGGGACAUUGUGAUACAGAGGAUUCAGAUAAGAAAUGACAUUACUGUGACAUUAGCUGCCACUUUGUAAAGGAUUUUUAUUUACGUGACAACAAUGGUAGCAGUAGAGCUAAUAAAAUAAUGAAACUGUAGAAAUAGAGCACUUUGCAAGAAAUUGAUAGGUCCAUGUUCCUUAUAUGACUGAAUGUUUUGGCUUAUGAAUAAGACUCUUAGCUUGAGGUUAAAUGACUUUAUAUAUGUAGCAGAAAUUAGUGUAGUUGUUAUGCUUUAACUAAUACCAUUGCUUGGUAUAUUUCAAUAAAGAUAUGGAUGUUUAAAUAGCAAAAAAAAAACUGUAACACAAUCCAUUUUGCAUGUAGUGUGUGCAAAACGGUAAAUCUUUCUUUAAUUGUUUAUAGAAAUCAGCUUAGAAUUUAUUUUUUCCGCACAAAUCUUAAUAGCUAGCAUACUUUUCCAUUUGACAAAAUAAUAUUUGUGUGGUUGAGAAUAGGUAAAGGAUAUUAUGAGACAAUUGCAAACCUGAGAUCAAAGAAUAACAGAUAGUACCAUACCCAAAAGAAAAACCCCUAAAAAAGAUAAACGAUAGUCUUCAAAAUACUACUCAGAAAUCUAAAGUACUGUUUUACUUAAUACAAUAUUUGUGGUACUGUAUUCAUGUAUGUCAUAAAUUGAGAAUGGAAAUGGGGAAUGUGUCAAAGAGACAACAACCCGACCUUAGAAAAAAAACUACAGCAGAAGGUCACCAACAGGUCUUCAAUGUAGCGAGAAAUUCCCGCACCCGGAGGCGUCCUUCAGCUGGCCCCUAAA